AUGGAGGCUGAGAAAACCCCACCGACGACAACAACAGCUACGGUGAAGAAACCGGAGCAAGAAGUGAAAGACGCCGACUUGCCGACCAACAGCCCUUACGUGGACGACUCUGGUACCUUGGAAGAUUACAAGAUGAAAGCUUACGGAGCCGAAGGCCACAAAGAGGUUAAGGCUGGUCUUGGUGGUGGAGGCACCGAUGCGCCUACUCCUUCAGGCGACGCACCCGCCGCGAAAGCUCCGUGA